AUGGACGGAGAUCUCAUCACACUAGUAAACAAGCUACAGGACACUUUCAAUGCCAUUGGUGGUGAAACUGUCGAUUUACCCCAGAUCGUUGUAGUGGGCUCACAGAGCUCAGGAAAAUCAUCGGUCCUCGAAACAAUCGUUGGACGAGAUUUUCUGCCCAGGGGAUCCGGAAUCGUUACCCGCCGUCCGCUUGUACUUCAAUUGAUCCAUCUUCCAUCCACUUCCCCUUCAGAAUCAUCUUCAUCCUUGUCUGGGCCCGAAUACGGAGAAUUUUUACAUCUCCCAAAUCGAAGAUUUACCGAAUUUGAGGAGAUCAGGAAAGAGAUCGAAAACGAGACUUUGAGAGUAGCCGGUAGUAACAACGGCAUCAGUCGACUUCCCAUUAAUGUCAAGAUUCAUAGUCCGCGGGUCCUCAACUUGACCUUGGUUGACUUGCCCGGUCUCACCAAACUUCCGGUGGGUGAUCAACCAACAGAUAUCGAGCGUCAGAUACGUAACCUCGUCCUGGAAUACAUCUCCAAACCUAACAGUGUUAUUCUCGCCGUCUCGCCCGCCAACGUAGAUCUUGCCAACUCUGACUCACUAAAGUUGGCACGGAGUGUCGAUCCUCAAGGAAGAAGAACCAUCGGAGUGCUCACUAAACUUGAUCUGAUGGACACGGGUACCAAUGCACUCGACAUUCUUACCGGCAGGGUCUAUCCACUCAAGCUGGGUUUUACGGGUAUUGUCAACAGAAGUCAACAUGAUAUCAACAUGAAGCUACCCAUGGAACAAGCUUUGGCCAAGGAGGAUGAGUUCUUCCGUAGUCAUCCCGCCUAUAGGAAUAUCGCACACCGCUGUGGAACUAAAUUUUUGGCCAAGACGUUAAACCAAGUGUUAAUGUCACACAUUCGCGAUAAACUACCGGAUAUGAAGGCUAGACUCAAUACACUCAUGGGUCAAACCCAACAAGAACUGAACGCGUUCGGUGGCGAUUCUGCCUUUUGGGGCAAACAGAAUCGGGGCUCUUUGGUUUUAAAGCUGAUGACGCAAUUUGUGAAAGACUUUGUUUCGUCAAUCGAUGGUAGUCAAGCCAAUCUUUCGACCAAAGAGCUGUGCGGUGGUGCAAGGAUUCAUUACAUUUUUAACGAGGUUUUCGGACAGGCUCUCCAAACCUUAAACCCUAUGGAAAACCUGAAUAACAUGGAUAUCAGGACUUCUAUUCGCAACUCGACUGGAACUCGAUCGAGUCUUUUCAUACCUGAAGCUGCCUUUGACUUGCUCAUCAAGCCUCAAAUCAAAUUACUUGAACCUCCUGGUUUGCGCUGCGUUGAGCUAGUUUAUGAAGAAUUGAUGAAAAUAUGUCACAAUUGCACAAACUCAGAAUUGCAACGAUACCCCAGGUUACACGCACAGUUAAUUGAAGCCGUGUCUGAGCUACUCCGGGAGAGAUUAGGGCCUACAUCUGAAUAUGUCCAGUCACUCAUUGAUAUACAAGCCGCCUACAUUAACACCAACCAUCCCGAUUUUAUGAAAAAUACAACCAUGAAUGGGGGAUCACAGUAUCCUCACGGAUCACAUGUGCAUGUUAAUGGGUCUUCAGAUCAAAGAAGGGUGCGCCAAGGUUCUUCUCCGCUGACUAUCACAUCUAAUGGCUCUGCGGGUAGCUGGGAUUUCAUCCGCGACGAGGAUGGGACUUCUCAGCGAAGCGCAGCCUUUCAAAACCACCGACAAGUCCCGACGCUCAAUGGCCAGGUCUUCCGGCCUUCAUCUGCGCCGAUCGACCAGCUUCAAUCCGGAAGUCACUUAGCCGGAGCGGUUAACCCCAAGCGCAUUGCCUCGGAUAAUCGACAUAGUGGCCCGCCCAACCCACCGCCCUCUCACUACCAUCGUGAUCAUCAUCACUCAACCUCGCUACAGUAUGGUUCUGCCAAGGAUAGUUUCCUCAACUAUUUCUUUGGUGGAACUACUAACGGCGUUGGUAACGCUAUGUUAACUCAACCAAUCAAUCGAUCUCGACACAAGACAGUGACUCAUGAUUCGGGUGAGAACUCAUCUUCUCAGCUCAUCGAUGGAUCCCAUUCCCUUCAGGUUGGACACAAAACCCCAGGAUUUGAAGGGGCUCAUGCUGCGUUUAACAUGAAAAGCUUGGACAAGCACUUCCCAGUGACUACUGUGGGUGAUGACCAGAAGGAAGUCCAUCUUUCAGAACGGGAACAGAUGGAAAUCAACCUUAUUCGAUCCCUCAUGAUGUCCUAUUUCAGCAUUGUUCGGCAGACGAUACAAGAUCUCGUACCUAAAGCUGUCAUGCAUUUGUUGGUAAACCAUGUUAGGGAAGGCGUGCAGAAUCGAUUAGUUUCCAGCUUGUACAGGGAAGAGUUGUUUGAAGGUUUGCUUAUGGAAGACGAAGGGUUGAGAACGGAGCGAGAAAGAGUCAAGGCACUCCUGGAUGCCUAUAAAGAUGCUUUCAAGACUUUGAGUGAAGUAUUGUGA